UCGUAUAAUCUUCAACACUGUGACACUUGAAACCAAGCAAUGACGUGGGUAGUCGCUCUGUGUCUGGGGCUGUUGUUGCCCCUGGGUCACUCCAAGACAGUCCACAUCUACGUCAGCCCCAAGGGCUCAGACGGGAACUCAGGGUUGGAUGCGUCCCACCCGGUUGCCACCCUGGACAAGGCCAGGCAGUUACUGGACAGCAGUGGGAUCAAGGACAACACGGUGUACGUGGAGCUGAUGGGAGGCUACCACAACUUGCAGUCCACCCUACACUUCACCCACGCCUACUCCCAGCCUGUCACCUUCAGAGCCUACCAGGACCAGGAGGUCCACGUGACAGGAGGCAAGAAGAUCCCAGCAAACCUGUUUACCCACGUGACAGACAGCAACGUGCUGAAUAUGCUGCCAUCAAAUUCAAGGUCCAAAGUGAUGCAGGUGCAUCUACCUAGUGCAGGCGUCACUAACUACGGCAAGAUGACCAACUUUGGCUUCUACCGCUCACGGACUGCUUGGCUGGAGAUCUUCAUCAACGGGGAGCCAGCCAGAUUGGCCCAGUACCCUAAUGAGAAAUUCCUGAACGUCGACUCUGUUCCUGGUGGCAGGCGUGGCAAGGUCUUCACCUACAGCACACACGAAGACUCCAGAUGGGUGCACGAGAAGGAACCAUGGGCUUACGGCUUCUGGUACUGGAGCUGGGCGGACGAUGCUGCAAGGAUCAGUCACAUCGACACCCACAAACAUCAGAUCACUCUGGCAAAUGAUACACACUAUGGACUCCGAGUUGGUCAUUACAAUCCGGCCCAUCUGGCCGGGUACAGCACUCAGGGCGGGUACUUCCGGGUAUUCAACAUGCUCUCAGAGCUAGAUCAGCCGGGAGAGUACUAUCUGGACCGGUCCAAUGGCAACUUGUACAUCUGGCCCAACACAAAGACGGGCACCUUGGCCUCUUCUGACGAUAUCACCGUGUCUCUCAUCAACGACUGCAUCAGCAUGGACCGAGGUGUGGGAAACCUCAAUUUUGAGGGGUUUACUUUGGAGGUGUGUCGCCACGAGGGCAUCAGAGGAGACGGUCUACACAACAUUAACAUUCAAAACAUGGACAUUAAAAAUUUGGGUUCGUAUGGCGUCCACAUCACCGGAAGUAGCCAUAUUGUUAUAUCCCGGUGUAAUAUCCAUUACACCAACGGAGGUGUCGCGAUCAAUGGUGGCAACCAGAAGACGCUUGUGUCUUCAGGAAAUAUAGUCGAAGACAACCAUAUUUGGAUGGUGGCCCGUGUCGGUGCUGUUGGAUACAAUGCUGUGUCUAUCGGGGGCGUUGGCAACGUUGUCCGCUACAACCACCUGCACGACGGUCAAUACACAGGGUUGAUGUGGGGGGGUAACGACAACAUAAUGGAGUACAACCAUAUUCACCACAUGUGUGUUAACACCAGCGACUGUGGCGCGGUGCAUGCUGGGAGAGACUGGACCGCACGUGGCAACGUGAUCCGAUACAACCACAUCCACCACGUCUUGAAGCACAUGCCGGGGGCUGAUAACAGAGGCAUCAUGCUGGACGACCAGUUCUCCGGCGUCCACAUCGAGCACAACGUCUUCUACGAGAACCAAUUUCACGUCAACAUCGGCGGCGGCCGUGACAACCUCAUACGCUAUAACGUCUUCUACGACGCCACCAGCUACCCCAUCAACGUGGACGGCCGUGGUCUCCGGUAUAAUAGCAACCAGGCGACACUCCAAAAUAAAUUGAAGACCCUUCCCUACACCAGCAAAACGUGGGCAGACAAAUACCCAAAACUGGCCACCAUCGACUCCAAUCAUCCUAUGGCACCAAUGGGCAACCAAAUCUAUGACAACGCCUUCUACAACAGGCACGGCUCAAGUGUCGUUCAGUACCACACCUCUGGUAUCGUCAAAAGGGAAUAUUUUGAUGUUCAUGAUAACUUCAAGGCCAACCCUGCGGAUUUUUGGUCUCCUAAUGAAUAUGACUUCCGGUUCCGGUGUUCAGCGGAAUCCUGGGCCAAACUAGAGUCCGUACCCCAACCUAUCGACAUCAACGCUGUUGGCCCACGGCAACCCACAGGACCUAAAUAUAUGCAGAAAGCUGUACCACAGCAUCACAUCACGUCACAUCCGGCUUCAUGCAGCGGAUCUAUCAUCGGAUAAUGCCCACCUCUGCGGAGUGCCUUACCAGAAUUUUUAACGUGAUGACUUGGAUAUUUUUCUUUAAUGAUAAUGUGAAUAAAGUUACAUCCAGGUAUU